AUUUAUAUAUUAUUAUUAUUAUUAUUAUCAUUAUAGAAUAUAGAAUUAUGAAUUCGAUCAUGACAAAUAACAACAGUAUUAAAUCAGACAAACAACCUUAUAUGUCCAAUUCAGAAAAAGAAUCUCAUGAAACUUCAUCUCAUUUGCCCCGUAAACGAACAAGAGCUACACCUGCACAACUUGCUGUUCUAGAAAAGACAUUCAGUAUGAAUUCAAGUCCAAACAAUCGUGUCCGAGAACAAUUGUCGCGUGAAUUAGGCAUGUCUGAACGCUCAAUUCAAAUUUGGUUUCAAAAUCGAAGAGCCAAAGUGAAGAAUGUCGCUAAAAGAUCAUCCAUGCUACACGAUGAAACCUUACGUAUGCAAUAUUACGCUUCCACUGCUGCCACUGCUGCUUGUCAAGCAGCUGUUUAUCAACAACAACAAGCCAAUGGGCUCGAACAGCAAGUCAUAGAGGACCCUAUCAAGAGUAACCCAGAUUUAUACUACUACUAUUACUACUACUAUUUUAAUCAGCAACAACAGUUACAACAACAGCAACAACAACAGCAACGCUACAAGAGCCAUGGGUUCCACCCUUAUUCAGGUUCAUCUUCCUCUGUCCCUCCUCCACCUAUCUCACUUAAAUCAAUGCCACCUCCACCUCCACCUCCACCAAUCAAUGCUGCAGCUGCAGCUGCAACAGCAAUGGCAGGACUUCAUUCCCCCACCGAGAAUGGUUCCAUCAGUCCCUCUGAUACAAUGCGUUCUGACCCGUACUCUUUUAUGUGGUCCAAGAAACAAAUUCACCAACAACGCGCAAGAGCACACACGAUUGGACCCUAUCCUAUUGAAAGACCAAGACUCUUUGAUCGAGGAAAUUCUGUUGAAUUAUCUACCCUUAACAAGACAGAAAACUUCACUAGUUUGCUCAAUACAACCACAACAGCAUCCGCAUCAACCAUUGAUACAACAGCAUCUAUAUCGCCUAGCCAACAACACCAGUUUGCUAACAUCUCAAUCCAUGAACAAUCUCAAAAUGCUGUCAAUCCCUUUUUAUAUCAAACAACGCCUCAUCCUCUUUUCGGACAAAAUCAACCACAGCAAUUAGCAUGGUCUGAUUUGCCAUUUUACGAAGAUCCUUCACUUAUGAUUACACCUACAACACCUUCUAUGUUCAAUACAAACAACGUACCCAUCUAUGAUAUGACCCCUUUAAGCCAAUACCACAAAAUCUCCGCAGAAGCACUUCAAAUCGGCACAUGGAAACGAAUGGCAUUUGAACCCAGCGAUUUAUUAUGUCAAUACAACAAGGAAAAAAAGACGUUUAGCUGGUGUAUUCGUGAUGGACUCUCUCGCUUCAAAAUGGAUUUCCCACAAGAAGCUAUUCAAAAAAUGACACUUAAGCCUUUGCAGACAAGACCUGGCUGGGCCAGUUUAGAAAUACACGUAGCACAUACACAUCAAAUUGCAUUUUAUAUGGAAGUCAAUUCCCCUCAACAUCAUUGGAUUCAAUGCAGAGAUUACACAGAAGAUAAGCAAGCCUCUGUUAUUGGAUUGCAUCAACUAGAUGGACCUGCUCUGGCCUUGAAGGCAGAAUUAGACUCACUUGCUAAAGAAGAUCAGUACCUUGCAUCCAUCAUAAACGAAUAAACCGAGUUUUAUUUUGCAAGCUGGUG